CAGCUGACCCAAACCACCAUCACUCACUCAUUUACACAUUUUAACUUCUCUCUAAACUUCUCUCUAAAUUAUCUUCUCUCAACUUAGAAAACCCUUCUUCCUCCACUUCCACCACUCUCAUCCACUCCGGCGGCAGCACCACCACCAAACUCCACCCCGCCACCACCCAACCCAUUCCAUCUUCACUCUCGCGACCUUUCCACUACCAUCUACAGACUACAAUCACGUUUUAGUUCUCUCUCCAUCUCAAAAAUCAGUUGCGAUAAAUCACCACCGUCUCCACCUUAUUUCGCCGUCCUCCGCCGUCGUGCAACCGCAAAGGGACAUUCAAAAGCUUUCAAAGACAUUGAAUCUACCAACAAGGAUUAUGGAGAAUUUUUUAAAAAGAUCAAGAUCAUCCCAUGAGCAAGGAUCUAGUUCUCAACAUGUUUCAUGUAAUUUAGAAGAGUUACCAUCGGAUCCGGGAAAGCGGCCUAAAAUGUCAACAUACCAUCCAAAUGAUCAAGAGAUAAUACGUCGAGCAUAUCUACAAAAAGGACCAUGCCAACCUAAUCAACAUAAUUUUCCUCAAAGAAAGAUUGGAAAUUCAAUGAGAAGAUUUUGUCCCUCUUGGUUUAAUGAAUUUGGUAAUUGGUUAGAGUAUAGUAUCGAAAAAGACGCCGCAUUCUGUUUGUGUUGUUAUCUAUUUAGACCUGAUUUUGGAAAACAAGCUGGUGGUGAUACAUUUAUAACAGAGGGAUUCACAAGUUGGAAUAAAAAAACCACACUCUCAUCACAUGUUGGAGCAGGCCCUAAUUCUGCUCAUAAUAUUGCUUGGAAGAAAUGUGGAGAUUUGAUGAAACAAGAUCAACAUAUUGAAGGUUUGAUGUCUAAGCAUUCUCAAACAACUCGUAACUUGUACCGAAGGCGGUUGACGGCCUCACUUGAUUGUAUUCGACUUCUAUUGAAGCAAGGAUUGUCCUUUCGUGGUCAUGAUGAAAAAAUAGAAUCUUCUAAUCAAGGAAACUUCCUUGAAUUGCUUAGAUGGUUUGCUAAGAGAAAAAAGAAAGUGAAGCGAGUUGUAUUAGAAAAUGCUCCUGAAAAUGAUAAAAUGACUUGUCCGUCUAUUCAAAAGGAAUUUGUCAGUGCCAUUUCUCUGGAAACCACUAAGGCUAUUAUUGAGGAUCUUGGAGAUGAAUUGUUCGCUAUUCUUGUUGAUGAAUCAAGAGAUGUGUCUGAUAAGGAGCAAAUGGUUGUUGUUUUGCGCUAUGUUAACAAAUAUGGAUGUAUUGUUGAGCGAUUUUUGGGCAUUGUUCAUGUUACAACAACAACAGCCAUGUCUUUAAAAAUUGCCAUAGAUGAACUGUUUUGUAAGCAUAGUCUAACUACUUCAAGAAUUCGUGGACAAGGCUACGAUGGGGCUAGCAACAUGCAAGGACAAUUUUCUGGUCUUAAAACUUUGAUCUUAAGGGAAAAUCCGUGUGCAUUUUAUGUACACUGUUUUGCUCAUCAAUUACAACUUGCAUUGAUUGCUAUUGCUAGAGAUCACCUUCAAGUUAACUCUCUUUUUAGUGUAAUAUCCACUUUAACAAAUGUUGUUGGGGGAUCUUGCAAACGGACCGACAUGCUUCGUGAGAGACAAAGAAUCCGUGUUAAAGAAGCAUUGGAAAAUGGGGAAAUUGUUAGUGGAAGAGGUUUGAACCAAGAACCUAAUAUGAAGCGUUCUGCUGAUACUCGUUGGAGUUCUCACUUUGCAACUUUGGUGAACUUGAUAUUGAUGUAUAGUUCUAUAACUGAUGUUCUUGAAAUGUUGAGAGAUGAUGUAUCAAUUAAAGAUGGAAGAGGUGAAGCAAAAGGUCUUUUAAUUCUCAUGAAUACUUUUGAUUUUGCACUCACAUUGCAUUUGAUGAAAAAGGUCUUAGAUUUUUCAAAUGAAUUGUCACAAGCAUUGCAAAGGAAAGAUCAAGACAUUGUCAAUGCUAUGAACCUAGUUAGCAUCACAAAGGAGCGAUUACAAGCUUUAAGAGAUGAUGGAUGGGAACCUUUAUUGGAGGAGGUAAUUUUAUUUUGCAAUAAGCAUGACAUUAACAUUCCAAGCAUGGAUGAUAUAUUCUUCCGUGGAAAGUCAAAACGUGGAGGUAAUGCUGAAUCUAUCACAAUAGGUAAUCAUUACCGCAUUGAAUUAUUUUAUACGGUUGUGGACAUGCAACUUCAAGAACUUAAUAAUCGUUUUAAUGAGACAAAUAGUCGGUUGCUCAUUUGUAUGGAGUGUUUGUGCCCAAACAACUCGUUCUCUAAAUUUGACAAAGCAAAGUUGAUUGAAUUUGCAAAGUUUUAUCCAAUUGAAUUUUCUCCAACUUCAUUGGUGUUGCUUGAUAGUCAACUUGAGACUUACAUCUUUGAUAUGCGUAGGAGUGUUGAAUUUGCAUCUUUGAAAGGAAUAAGUGAUCUUUCAAAAAAAAUGGUUGCACUCAAAAAACAUAUUGAUUAUCCUUUAGUCUAUGGACUUUUGAAGUUAGCAAUGAUUUUGCCCGUUGCCACAUCAACCGUUGAACGAGCCUUUUCUGCUAUGAAGAUUGUGAAGUCUAGAUUGCGUAAUCGAAUGGGAGAUGAUUGGAUGAAUGAUUGUCUCGUCACUUAUAUUGAGAGAGAUGUGGCGGACAAAAUUGAUGAUGAGUUGAUUAUUCAACGAUUUCAGAAGAUGGCUACGCGUAGGGGACAUUUGUAAAGAAUGGAUGAAGUUUUUUGAAUACAUUGUAAACUGAAUACAAUGUAAUUUUUUGGAUAUAUAUUAUUAUAUUUAUUAUAAA